UGGUUUUAAUAGAUAAAAAUCAUAAAAAUAAUAAUUAAAAGGCAAACAAACCGUGUUGAUAGACAACACAAAUAUCAAAAAGAGCAAACAUCGCUCGAAAUAAUUGAUUGGCAAUUUCAGAAUAAUGGGAUCUUUGGAAAUGCUAUGCGGUAUUGUGGCUAUAUUUCUCGCUAUUUAUUAUUAUCUUACAUCGAUCUAUGACUUUUGGAAGUCACGUGACAUUCGUGGUCCAAAACCAAUACCAAUUGUUGGUAAUUAUAAAGAUGUUAUGCUUAAUAAAAAGUGUGAAGGUGAUUAUUUCAAAGACAUAUACGAUGAGUAUAAAGAUGAAUCCAUGAUUGGAAUAUUCAUUGGAGUAACACCCGCUCUUAUUGUAAAAGAUCCAGAUUUAAUUAAGGAUAUUCUUAUCAAAGAUUUUUCCAAAUUUGGCAACAAAACAACUAUUGUCAAUAAAAAUACUGAUCUACUGUCGCGCACUCUUAUAGCAUUAGAGUAUAAAAGAUGGCGACCUUUAAGAAUAAGGUUGUCGCCCGCUUUUACAUCCAGUAAAAUAAAAGAAAUGUUCCCUUUAAUAUCGGAAUGCGCCGAUUAUCUUGAACAAUAUAUUGAGAAAUUGGUGAGUAAAAACGAACCUAUAGAUUGCUGUCAGGUAACGGCAAAAUAUACGACCGAUGUAAUCGGUAAGUGCGCAUUCGGCAUCGAGAUGAAUGCUUUAUUAGACAAAGACAGCGAAUUUCGAAAAAUAGGAAAAGUGAUCUUCCUGGCAACUUGGAGUAAUACUCUACGAUACAGAAUAAAAGAAAUCUUUCCAUGGCUUGGCAGAAUGCUCAGUUAUAUCAUACCAAACAUCAAACAAAUGGAGAUCAACCAUUUUUUCGUACGUUUUGUCAAAGAAAUCAUGAAUUACAGAGAAACAAAUAAUGUCAUUAGACAUAAUUUCAUUGAUAUACUGCGCGAGAUAAAAAAGAAUCCAGAUAAAGUAGGAGAUAUCAAGAUGUCCGAAAAUUUGAUAAGUGCUCAAGCGUUCGCAUUUUUUGCUGCCGGUUUUGAAACUUCAUCGACAACUAUGAGUAAUACGCUUUAUGAAUUGGCAUUAAAUCAACAAAUACAAGAUAAGUUGCGUGAAGAAAUUAAUCAAGAAUACACUAAGCACGGUAGCAAUUUAUCAUAUGAAAAUGUAAAAGAGAUGAAUUACUUGGAUAAAGUUUUUAAAGAAACUUUACGGAAAUAUCCAACAGUGCCAUAUCUUACAAGGCAAUCGACAAAAAGUUAUACUUUUGGUGGUAGCACAUUUGAUAUACCAAAAAAUCUAAAAGUAUUCAUUCCGAUUUUCGGGAUUCAUCGAGAUCCGGAUAUUUAUCCGAAGCCAGAUGUUUUUGAUCCAGAAAGAUUCAGUGACGAAGCAAUACAAACCAGACAUCCGAUGCAUUAUCUACCUUUUGGUGAUGGGCCAAGAAAUUGCAUUGGUGCGCGCUUUGCUGUUUAUCAGACAAAGAUUGGUCUUAUAAAGAUACUACGAAACUAUAAAGUUGAAAUUUGCGAUAAAACGGAAAUACCCUACAUAAAUGAUCCUAAAUCAUUCAUUCUAUUAACACCAAAGAAUGGUAUACAUUUAAGGAUAAUUAAAAUUAAGCUUUAGUACAAUUCUUAAGAAACAAAGGUGGAAAAAUAUCUAUAAAUUAGAAUAAUAAUAGCCAUAUUCCGACAGCAUCAAUAUA